UUCCUCGGUUGUGGGGAGGCGGAUCCAGGCCGGUGCGAUGUUUGGGAGAAUCAUGGUGGCUGAGAGGGGAUCUGGGAAGUAAGGAAGAGACGGAAUAAAUCAGCCCCUCCCCCCCCCCGCCCAUCCUUUGCUGUCAAAACUCACAAAAUAAUUAGCAUUUCUGUGCGCUUGAAUUGUCCACGCUUCUUCCUGGGUCCUGCUUCAACAAUGUCUACAACAGCCCCGUGAGUUCUUUGCUCCGGUUAGAAAGAAGAGAUCGCCACUGAGAUGACCGGCGUGUGGUUUGUGAUGAGAACUAGCGCAGCUCGGUAGACUGAAAAUGUGCUGACCUUCAACAAAGGGUUUCCCCUCUUCAGAAAUGGACGAGGAGAGUUUGGAAGCCGCCGUGCAGAAUUAUAAUGCCCAGUUGCAGCAAGUGGAGCUUGCUCUGGGAGCUGGGCUAGACCCCUCGCAAGAGUCCGACCUGAUCCAACUGCAGUCGGAUUUGAAGCAGCUGAUCGAACUCACCGAGUCUAGCCUGGUCUCUGUGAAAAAGAGCAAGCUCUUGGCCGCUUUGGAUCAGGGCGUAUCCUCCGCUGCUCCGUCUGCUCAUGGAAACCACGAGGGUGGCAAACCAAACGCCGACGACGAAUACGCCGCUUUUCAAGGAGCCAUUCGGGAUGAGGCCUCCCCAAAGCCAGGCUCUGAGGCAGACGACGAGGAAGAGGAACUGGAGGAGGAAGAGGAGGAGGAGGCAUCCAGUGGGAUGAAAGUGAAAGCCCCUUACUAUAGUUCUUGGGGCACCCUGGAGUACCACAACGCCAUGAUUGUGGGCAGCGAGAGCUUGGAAGACGGCAGUGCAGGGGUGCGAGUGCUCUACCUCUACCCUACGCACAAGUCCCUGAAGCCGUGCCCCUUUUUCCUGGAUGGGAAAUGCCGUUUCAAAGAGAAUUGCCGGUAACGUCUAAGCUUGAGGGUUGGUUUUUGUCUUUAUGUUGCCUGAAAACCGCUCUGGACACCCCCUGCAGUUGCAGAGUAGGGUAGACAUGAUCGAAAUCAGAGGUCCUCAGCAGGUGCACUCUAAUCAGGAGAACCCGGUUUGAUUCCCC